AUGAAGUCUCUCCUCGUCUUAUCAUGCCUGUCGUUGUCGACGCUGGCUUUGCCCGCGUAUGCGCCUUAUCAGGCAUACGGAGGGCAAGCCGGGUAUUAUCACGGACCGCCGGCCCCGCUGGCUCACGAUGGUCGAGUGGUCGAUACGCCGGAAGUGGCGCACGCUAAACAAGCUCAUCUGGCGGCGCACGCCGCGGAGGCUGCCAAAGCGGCGCAUUACGGUGGAUACGAUGCAGGAUAUUCUGCGGACGGGAAUCACGGAAAUUACGUAGAAUACCACAGCGCGUAUCAUGGACCGCCGGCGCCGCUCGGUCACGAUGGACGAGUAGUGGAUACGCCGGAAGUGGCUCACGCCAAGGCCGCGCAUUUAGCCGCUCACGCCGCGGAGGCCUCCAAGGUCGCUCAUCUGUCACAUUACGAUCCUUACUCGCACGCCAAGUGGUGA